GCCAGUUAGUUGCCGGGUAAGUGGUGAGAGCGCGUGCGGGCACGAGCCUCCCGCAGCCGUGGUCAGUGUCAGAGUUACGCAGUUUUUGCGUCCUCGUCUUGGGCGCAGAUCCUACGCGAUCUGAACGCCCGUAGAGAGGAUUCUGCGCCGCGCCAACAGCUGAUGGCACGUUAUAAAUAGAGGCCGAAAGCGAUCCAUGUUGUGUGGUUAAUUAAGAGUAUGUGCUAAGGAGAGUGAUGUAACUAGUGGACCAAAAGGGACGGAAUCCGAUAAGAAUUUGAAGCCCCGCUCACAUCUUCUUAAGUGCCUUUUUAUAUAGGAGGAAGAAAGAAUAUUGUUACCGCUCAUAGCAUGUAGGGCUUCUUCCGAUGUCGAUUCAGAUCCUGGUGGAGAUCGGUGACGGUGAGAGCGUGCGUGUGUAAUACAAGCCACGGGGCACGCUGGCCGUCCCGCGCUUCCUCACCUGACGUCAGUGGCAAGUGCAGACGUGACGAGCAAGGACAUCCGGCGGCUGUGAUUCGUGACUUACUGUACUACUCCGGAUUUCGGAUGCUUUGCGCUUUAAUCGCUUCGAGUGAUACACAGAGAUGGAGAGACUCCGCAAUAUUAAACAUCGCCUGAGCAUGUCCGUGGAUAAGCUCGGCCCUUCGCGACGAUCCAAAUCCCAGCAACGGAAGAGCGCGCCCCUCGGGAGUGCCCCUUUCUCUGAUGGAGACAUUCCUGGCUCCGUCAGGAAUGCAGAGGCAACCUCGCUUGCAAAAUCGAGCUCACGACCCAGCAGUUACUGCGGCCCAGACACUGGGUCCGCAGAGUGUUUGGUGGAAGUUGUCCCUGCCGCCGCUGCUGCUGCGACUUCCGAGGAUACUGGCGAGAACCCUGGCGCAUCCAGUAUGCCUCAGACUCAGCCUGAAGUGACGGCCCCGACCGAGCCUUCGUCUGAACCAGCUGCAGCGGCUCAGCCUGAGAGCAAAGGAGAAAGACAACUAAAACGAGCGACAUCGAGUGAGGGGGGAGAGAGCCUAAUGGCCGAGGUGAUGAAAGAAGUAGAGAAGAUCACCGAGAUAACCGAAGAUCUCAAGAAAAAGCGCAUCAGGCGUGACGAAAGCGCAGCGGACGACACGGCGGUGGCGGUGAACGACACGGUACCCUUGCUGAGCGCGCCGGAGGCCGCGGCACAGGAAACCCUUGCCGCGAGCACCAGCGGAGCAAUUCUGCGACAGAAGACUCUUACGGAGGGCGUGGUCCACAGGAAGAAUCUGGAGAGCACCUCCACUACUCUCAGCAUCGCUUCCACCUGCAGGGCCGAAAGUCUGACGUCAGGAUAUUUCUCAGACUCAGAACUAACUCUCUCAGAAGGUAGAUGUGACAGUGAGGCGAGAUCCGUGUUUUCUUCAGCCGUUUCCGAAAUAUCAGAAAGCAGCAAAUCUGUCAUUACAGAAAAGAUAGACCGCAGAAGAUCUGCGUUUGUGUCUGUGUCGUCGAGUAAUACAGAGAACAGGAAGUCCGCCUUCAUCCCUGUAUCUCCCGACAGCUCCGAGAAAAGGCUGUCCGCGUUCAUACCGCUGAUGCCCGAGAUCAACAGCGAGAUCAAGCCGGGCCCGUCGGCAGGGGCGACGGAGAAGGCGGCCGCCGAGACGUCUGGGAAGGAAUCGACCAAGGAAGCUCCUGCAGCAGAGCCCUCCGUUGCUGUCACGGCGACUGCUGCUAAGCAAGAGACGAAGGUAACGAAGAAGGAGAGCAUCUACAGCAAGAUCGUGAAGAGGAAAGACACUUCGAAGGAACCGAUUUACGCCAAAAUCAAACCCAAGCUGACGAUCGAAACCAGCUUUCAGCCUAUCGAGCCGAGCUCUUCCAAGAGCCCCACGACUCCCAGCUCGGCGGUGGUCAAGCCCGAGCCCAUGUACAACGUUGUGAAGCCUCUGGAUCCCCUGGCGCCCGUGACGCCGCGAAGCCCGACCAGCUCAGCCAUUCCAGGGAGCCCGCUCGGCCCCUUCACCGUUUUCGGGGGCGGGCCUCCUUCGUCUUCCAAGAAGGUCGAGCCGAUCUACACCAAGAUCCAGCCGAAGGAGUCGAGAAGCAACACCUUGCCGAAGGAGCCCAUCUAUAGCAAAAUACAGCGCAAGGAGAGCGGGACCUUGCCCAGAGAUGCGUCUGACAGCAAAAUCAAAGCCAAGGAGCCCAUAUACACACAGCCGCUUCCCCUCACCCCGCGCGAGGAAGCCAUGCAGAAGCGGGAGAGUUUCUUCAGCGAGAGCGUGUCGCCCGACUACGGCAAGGUGACCGUCCGGGCCAAGGAAAUCGCCUCGUCGCGCCCGGCAGUCAUUACGAUCAGCAACCCUGGUUACGCUGCCCCCACGACGAGUGCCAACCCGUCGACGCCUGCGACCUCAUCUUCCUCGCCCGCGGCACCGACGUCUCCGACCUCCCCCAUUUCGAUGCUCAGCUGCAUUCCCGCCCUAACGGAAGAGACCGCGGCGAGUCAGACGUCGAAAGUCAAGAUGGUGGAGAAAGUGGAGUGCACUCCGGCCUCAGCGUCGUCGCUCGACUCCCCUGGCCCUCGACAUCACGUGGCCUCAGAGUCCUCGCUCGUUGAGAGCUCCGACACCGAGUCUACAGGACGAGCCAAACUCAGCAAAUUAGUGGAGGAACUUGCACAGGAGCUCGAAGCCGUUAGCCAACGUGUCGGUAUUUCUGCUGACACUGACGACGAAUCCAAGAAGGAGAUGCUGGCGAAGCUUCUGUCCGCCUACGAUAUCCCCAAGAACCUUCGACGCGUUGAAGAAGCGGACGAGGAUGCGGUUCGACAGGCAGAGGAGGCCCUCGUGCCCACGUCGGUGAGCAUGGACGAACUGCGUUUCGUCGACGACAACGAGGACAACGCCGAGACCGUGUACGCCGACAUUCCCGACUACUCCCAGGACGAGUUCGUCAUCGCCCUGGACGACGAGAACGACCCCAGGUACGCCUCGCUGGCUCGGAAGUUCCGGCAGCAGGCGAGGUCGUCGGAGUCCCCCGGUAAAAUCAGCCGCAAGACGGCGACGGUCUACGCGAACGCCUUGAACGUGGUAACGGCGCUCAGGGUCCUCAUCAACUCCAAGUCGGCGCGGGCGGCGUCUGUCAUAAACAAGAUGGGGACGCUGGCCCGCCCAUACGCCCACAAGGUGCAGGGGACCAUCACUGACACCACGUGGAUCCAGCGGGUCAUCUACCACAAGACGGGCCACAAUGGCUUCGACGAGCUCCGGCGGUACAUCAAGUCCGGGGGGGAGUUCUGCAAGGAGCUGGCCGCCAUCAUGAACGAGAGGGCGGAGCUGGAGGCCAACUACGCCAAGGGCCUGCACAAGCUGUCAGCCAAACUCCUGAAGGCGUCGAAAGAGAGCAUGGGCACCGUCAACCAGGCCUGGCAGAUGGUGGGGGCCGAGCUCGAGCAGGAGGGGGACCUACACAAAUCAAUUGCAUCAGCAAUCACAGAUGAUGUCGUAAGACCACUCCGACAGCUCAUAGAGACACAGCACAAGAUCCGCAAAGGAGUAGAGAGCAUGGUUGACAAAACCACCAAGAAUCUGCAUGACUGGCGAGCUGCAGAGUCCAAGUCCAAGAAGCAGUGCUAUGGGAACUGCCGAGAAAAUGAGAAGAUUCAGGACAUGAUGAUUGAAGCAAGAUUGGGUCGAGGCAAAACCCUAUCAGAAAAGGAGGCUUUGAAGGUGGAGAAGCAAAGACGAAAAGCUGAAGAAGCAGUCCAGAAGAGUGACCUGGAGUAUUACACAUGUUGCAUCCGCACAGAACGAGCCAGACUUGAAUGGGAGUCUGCAAUUUACAAAGGCAGCAACUGUUUCCAGACUUUAGAAGAGGAACGCUUACAAGCACUGAAGGACCUUGUUGUAAAGUACCAUAAGAAUGCAAAAGAAGCUGCCCCAAAACUAGUUGCUAUUGCCAGCCGUCUUGAUGACCCUGUAGCUGCAUGCGAUGUAGAGAAAGAUAUACAGACUGUGAUAUCUGCUAAGGGAACUGGAGAAAAUAUCCCAGAACAAAUGCUGCCUGACUUCUAUGCUGAAGAUAUGAACAAUAUCAUGAACAGAGAAAGAAGAAAAGAGGCUCUGGAAAAGUUCGUACAAAUGCUGAAAACUGAUCUGGAACGAGAGAGACGAGGGAAGCAAGGUGUUGAGAACUUGGCUAAGGCACUACAGGAAACACCUACCUUUGGGGGUGAAGAAUCUCAGCAAGAUGUUAAUGAUAAGCUGCAACACGAUGCCUACAACAGGCUGCAGCAUAUGAAGGCUAUGUUGGCGUACUUGGAAGCUGCACGAUACAAGGUUCAGUGUUCCCUGGAUGAGCUCAACAACAGGCCCAGGAUGACCCAUCCUUUGGCCAAACACAUAGAAGUCCAUAGAGACAAACAGGGCCUCAACUUCUCAGUUUUGAAGGUUCCACCAUGGGUACGAGGAAACAGUGUAGACGUCUCUCCAGCUAGUGACUCACCAACAGGUUCUCCCAAUUGGAAUGACAGAGGCACAGCAGAUGGUACUUCAGUUCAGCCAGAUUCAGAUUUUGAACCCAUAGUAGAGAAACCAGUACCACCUCGCAUAGACUCCCUCAUUCCUACACCCCCUGUAAGAACUAAAGCAUCGGCAACAGCAACCACCACUGAACCUAAUACGGAAAAUGAGAACAAAGCACCCUCAGGAACAGCACCCAAGCCGUCAAAAGUCCCCCAUGUGUUUAUGUCGCCACCCCGUUACCCUUCCCUCAUGAUCAUUGCAGACGAGUUCAGCUCCCAGGGCUCAGACCGAGACUACCAGACCGCCGUAACAGAGGACAAUUUAGACUCAGGGAUCAAGGAUGGCACGUAUUAUGCUCGUCCUCUUGAAUCUGUGCCAACUGUUGGAAGGUGCAAGGCGCUCUAUGACUAUGAGGCCAAUAUGUAUGAUGAACUCACCAUCAGAACAGGUGAUAUCAUCAACAUCCAUGAUAAACAGCCUGAUGGUUGGUGGGUCGGUGAACUGGAUAGUGUUGUCGGUAUAUUCCCUGCGACGUAUGUUGAAGAAAUCGAUUGAUGGCAGCCAUGCCCAGAGUGCUCAACUCUUGCCACAAAUGUAGUCCAGUGCCCACACCAAUAUCAUAUGGGUGACGAAAGCUUUGCUUAAUUCAUAUAUUUUUUUUUAUGGUCCCUGCCUUUUUGUAGAAGAGAAGAGAUAUUAAAAGGAAAAAAAUCUGCUGAAUGGUAAUGAUCCAGGCAAAUUGAUAUCUUACAUUAAUGUUAUAAAAUGUUAGUGAUAUUUUAUCUUGAAGCUGUAGUCCAUAUUUUGUGUGGAUACUACUGAACACAAGAAUACUAAGAGAUGAAGCUCAGCUGAAAAUGGGCAGGGACUGGGCAAUAACGACUACAAGGUUGCUUAACUGUAGAUAAUGUUAUAGCAUGUUUUAUUCAUAUAGUUUGAAUUUAACUGAUGGCACUUGUUAAAACAGCACUCUGAGGCAUAUGAAGAUGUGGUUCGAAAGAGAAGAAAGAACCACAGCAUUAUUCUGUGUGUUAUUAUUUUCUAUAACAUAACAGGAUUGGAGAUCUAUGUGUUCUGAACACAGUCUGCAUAUAUCUACUUAGCUAAAUGAAGCUUUACUUUUUGCUCAGAUUACACGAAGAAUAUUACGAUUGUGGGGGUAUGCUGCUGUGCCUAUUCACGGACAGAAUAGGUGGAGGCAUAUCACGCAAGUUUUUUAUUUUUUAUUUAUUUUUUUUUCCUGUAGAUUACUCUGCAGACUUUUUCUACAGAUAUUAUAAAAAAAAAAAUCUGAAAAUAUCUUGUGUGCCAUUGUGAUUCUGUAAAAUAUACAAUUUUUCUUUUAAUGCUUACAUUAUAUAUAAGAUGUGUAUAUAUUUUAUGACAGUCUUCCAGAUUGCUUAUUGAUUGUUAAUGUGCAUUAUUUUUAUUUCAUUUUCAUGAACAUUACUCAUUAGCAGUUAAGAAUCUUAUCUUACACACAAUGAGAAUUCCUUGAAACUCUGUUGUUGCUUGUACUUCAUCAACAAGGAGACUUGAACACAUAAACUGUCAAGUCAAUGUGUGAAAUUGCAAGCAGAUACUCUAAGUCAGUUAGUAUUGCAAAGUUAGAGGGAUUUCAAGAAAUUUUCCUAUCAAAAUUUUGAAGUACGCUGUCUGCUUCAAAAAGUGAUUGCCAAAGGUUUCAAAGCAGAACAAAUUGCUUGACACAAUCUUAAGAUAUGUUUCUCUUAUACAACUGUCCUGUAUAAUGUCUGUUUGAUCAAGCAGAUUUCUUUAUUUGCUUUAAUUCUUCCAUUACUGUCAGAUCUGAUAACACUGUCCCAAAGAACAAAACUAAAAGGAAAUGAGUAGCAUCUGUUGGAGAUAUGUUCCAAUUGAGAUGAUAAUCUUUACAAGCAACUAGAAUCUGUUGUAUGUUUCACAUGCUUUUUUUCUGUCAUUAUCACCAUUAUUAUUUUUAUUUUGUUUGUUCUCUUUGAGUUUAUGACUUGAGGAUAUUUGGUGUUUUCUUGUAUGUUUUAUCAUCUCAUAUUAUUGUCUUAGUAUUGUGAUUGUGUUACUUAUUGUACCCUUUUUAAAAAUAUCUUGUGAGUGUGUGUCCUUGACAUGGAUAGAACUGCUUUAGUACAUUGUCCUUUUUUCAUUUUUUUUUUUUUUUUUUUCAGUAUGUAAAACUACAGAAAUUAAGGACUGUAUGUUACCGUAUACCUUGGUUAUAAUAUUAGAUUUUUUAUACUUUUUGCUAUAAUGUAUUCCAUUUCUGUACAUUGUUGUAUAUGGCUGUUGUAAUUUGGAAUGUAUAUAGUUUCAAAAUAGUUACAUGUUUUAUAGAAACAUCUCUUGUAUUGAAUAGUCAUAUAUGCUGAAUAAUAAGGAUUGUAUAUUGUGUUUUAAAGUCUCUUGGUACAGUAUUAUUUAUUUAGAUGUAUCAGUGCAACCACAAGAUAUCAUCAUUUGUUAUUAUUAUUAUAGAUAGCAACUUUAAACUCAUAUUAUUCAGUUGAAGUAUAAUGGUAUUCUGUUACUGUUCUUGAGGACUUGGAAAUCUAUCGAACCUCUGUUGUUGGAGAAAUAGUAGACAUCCCUCGAGUCAGGCUAGACUUGCAUAUAAUGAUCCCUUAUAAGUAACUGCUUACGUUUGGUGGAAAUGACACAGCUUUAGAAUAGCAACAUUUUCAUUAAAAGGAAGUCUGUUUUAGUGAUGAAAUACCAGGUGUAUUAAAUGUUGGACUUUGACAAAUGGGUUUCUUACAUCUACUGACAGAAGCUAAGCCAUAGUCUAACUUCACAGUCAAGUAUGGUGACUACAUACACACAUAUAUAUUAGUAUUAGAAUUUUUCAUCAGUCAUAUAAAACUAAUGGACAGAUUCCUAAUUACUGGAAGUGAUUUUUUUUAGUGCUGACAAUCACUGAAUCAGAGAUGUAGUUCUCUGGGACCAACUGACUGACGCAAAUGCCAAGUGUGCAUAUGUGUGCUGGUGUUGGAAAUAAAUCUUUGCCAAGCA